CUCUGUGACUCUACCUUUAGGCUCCGCGCGUUUUAAUGCGAUGGUAUCCCCACGGGAUCAAAUUUCAGCGUCACAGCUGGGGACUGGCUUCGCGGUCCCUGAUGGGAGAGCAUGAACAGGUGGUAUGUGGUAGCGAUCCUCUUCUGGCUGGCCUACCCCAGGACCCUGACAACUCUGUGCCCUGCCUCUGCUCAUCUCCAUCACCUUCCAACUUGUGUUUGCCUGAUAACAGGAAGUGUGACAAGUACUGGGGUUCGUCAAUGGGCAACCCUGGGACUGGGGAGCCAAGAGGGGCUAGAGUGCUCCUGGCUGGCCCUCAAGAAGCCAUCACCUCCCCAGCCUCUUCCUCAGACAAGAUCUUGGACUAUACAAUUCACUGGUCCCGAGGCCCUGAGCCAGAGACGUUGGCACCAGCUACUUCUGAGAACAAAGUGCUGACUGUAGACUGGAGGCCAGGGAAGGGCUCAGGGUCUGGGUCACAUGGGUCUCCCUCGUUCCCCAACGUAGAGUCACAGGAAUGCUGUAAUGACCAGGAGCUUCUGAAGAGGAUUCACAGCAUUACUAAGAAACCCUUGGAGAUCAACUCUUCCAAAGUCAAAGCCUCUGCUAAUCCUCUGCUCAUAGCUAAUAAGUCCACUAUGGUGAUUCCUGACUCCCAGAAACACCUGCGAUGUGAACUGGAGUCAGUCAAGAGCCAGCUACAGGCCCAGACCAAAGCUUUUGAGUUCCUCAACCAUUCAGUGACCAUGUUGGAGAAGGAGAGCUGCCUGCAACAAAUCAAGCUCCAACAGCUUGAAGAGGUGCUGGGCCCCACAAGCCACCAGACAGAGAAGGAAGGACACAAGUGGGGCAUGGAGCAGGGACACCAGGAACUAUAUGGGGCUCUGGCACAAGGCCUGCAGGGGCUGCAAAAGACCCUGCGGGACAGUGAGGAGGUGCAGCGGGCCCGCACCACCCGCUGCCUGCAGCUGCUGGCCCAGGAGAUCCGGGACAGCAAGAAGUUCCUUUGGGAGGAGCUGGAGCUGGUGCGGGAAGAGGUCACCUUCAUCUAUCAGAAGCUCCAGGCCCAGGAGGAGGAGAUCACAGAAAACCUGAUGAACAUCCAGAAGAUGCAGAAAACCCAGGUGAAGUGCCGAAAGGUCCUGACCAAGAUGAAGCAGCACGGGUAUGACACAUCCAACCGGCCAGAGACUGAGGAAAUGCCAUCAGGAGGCACUGGCUCCUGGAAGGAUGACCUCCAGAAGGAACUGAGUGACAUAUGGUCUGCUGUGCAUGUGCUUCAGAACUCAUUUGAUGGCCUUACCAUGCCUUCAGGGGGCCACCACAGGACCAUGAACCUCAGGGCAGGCUACAAGGGGCACCGGUGCUUGAGCCCUCCACUCCCAUCCUGGGACUCAGACUCAGACUCAGACCAGGACCCUUCCCAGGCAUCAUUCAGCAAGAACCGCUCCUUCCCACUUGCCUGAGCAGCCGGGACUGCUCUCCCCGAAGAGCCCUCCAGAGAAAAAAUAAACUAGCCAAGACC